AUGGCGUCGUUCGGCGCGGACCAGUUUGACGUGGAGUCUGACGACGAGGAGGAGCGCGGGCGGCAGAGCUCCUUCUUCAACUGGUUCUACCUCUCCCUGACCGUGGGGUCGCUGGUUGGCGGCACCGUGCUGGUGUGGGUGCAGUCCGCCCACGGCUGGCGGCUCGGCUACGGCAUCCCGGCGCUGCUGAGCGUGGUCGCCGUCGCGUUGUUCCUCGCCGGCACCGGCGCGUACGGGCGCCACCAGCCCCCCGGCGGUAGCCCGCUCACCAGGAUCGCGCAGGUGGUGGUCGCCGCCGCCAGGAAGUGCGACGUGGCGACCCCAACCGACGCCGCGCUGCUGCACGAGCGUGACGGCGACGACGGUAUGUCCGCGAUAUUGGGGAGCCGCCGCCUCGCGCACAGCAACCAGUUCAGGUUCUUGGACAAGGCGGCCGUGGAGACGGCGGGCGACAAGGGGCAGCCAGUGAGCCCGUGGCGGCUGUGCACGAUUACGCAGGUGGAGGAGCUCAAGUGUGUGCUCCGCCUGCUGCCGGUGUGGGCGUGCGGCAUCAUCUUUGCGGCCGCGUACACGCAGGUGUCCACCACCUUCAUCCUCCAAGGCGACACGCUGGACCCGCGCAUCGGCAGCUUUCGCAUCCCCGCUGCGGUGCUCACCGUCUUCGACACGCUCAGCGUAAUGCUCUGGGUGCCGCUUUACGACCGUGCCAUCGUCCCGCUCGCGCGCCGCCUCACGGGCCACCGCCGCGGGUUCACGCAGCUGACGCGCAUGGGCGUCGGGUUCGUCAUCCUCACGGUCGCCAUGCUCGCCGCCGGCAUGCUUGAGGUCGCACGGCACCGCGUCGUCACGCGCAACGGCACGUACCGCGGCACGGACGGUGCAGAGUACGUGCCAUUGUCCAUCUUCUGGCAGGUGCCACAGUAUGUACUGUUGGGCGUGGCUGAGGUGUUCACCUUCAUCGGGCAGAUGGAGUUCUUCUACGACCAAGCGCCCGACGCCAUGCGGAGCAUCUGCUCGGGGCUCGCCCGCGCGGCUUUCGCGCUGGACAACUACGCAAGCUCGGCACUCGUGUCCGUCGUGGUGUGUGUCACCACGAGCGGCGGCCGGCCCGGGUGGAUCCCCGACGACAUCAACGACGGGCACUUGGACUACUUCUUCUGGCUGCUCGCCUUGCUCUGCGUCGGCAACUUCGGCGGGUACCUGCUCGUCGCACGGUGGUACAACUACAAGAUGACCGCGGAUUAA